GGCCUCUGACGUAUUUCAAAAUGGCGGUGCCCUUGUUACAAUGGGGACUGCAGAUGAUCACUUGUUAGCCAACUUAUUGUAAAUAACCGCGGAUUGACCGUUCCAGCCUUGUGAUUUGGGUGACAGACUCUCUCGGCUUCAUGUUAAAGGUAAGAGUCGCUCUUUGUUGAUUUGUGUGAAUUCCGGCUGUUUUCGAGCCUUAACGGUGUUUGGAGCUCGAGUGGAGAGUUUGUUAGCAGGAGCUGCUAACAGAGAGGGAAACACCUGUUAAUGUGAAGAGGUUAACUCUAACAUCCAGAACAUUACAUAUUUGAUUCCUACACACAUAUUCUACCUUUAGACCUCUUUACUUACCAGUUGAAUCCACUGGAUCCCUUUAUCUGCUAGUAUUCGGUAACGUUAGCUUCAUAGCGGCGACUCAUAAGUGGGGUACUGUAUUCAAAGGUGUACCUGAUAAUUUGGCUCCCUCAUUUUCGUUUUGGACAAAAUGGACAAAAUAUUCGGAACAUCGCCCAAAGUAACACAGUCUAGAGUUUGUUGUAGAGCAGUUACAUUAUAUUGCCCAGUCAUGUGUUUGUAAUAAUCUGACUAGUAGGGCUGGGACAACAUGCUUUUUUCCUGAUUCCAUUCUUCUCCGAUUUUUUUUUAAUGUCGAUUCGAUUUAACUUGCGAUUUGAAGCUCAUUGUUUCAGCGAAAUUUCAAAUUGUCUGAUGGAACCUCCAGAAGAUAAAAUAUUUGAUUCCUACACACAUGUUCUACCUUAAGACCUCUUUACCUACUAGUUAAAUCCAGUCAGAUCCCCUUAUUUGCUCAUAUUUGGUAACGUUAGCUUCAUAGCGGCGACUCAUAAUUGCGUAUUAAGCCAUAACUUAAAGAACUAAAAUAUUCUGAUUUAGCUCAAUACAAGAACUUAACCAUGACAUCAUACUUUACAAAGCUACUACAUUUUCACUAUUGUUGGCAUAAUCACACGGGUGAUUACUGGGCGUUGUUGUUGGUGCAAGUGGGGUACUGUGUUCAAAGGUGUACCUAAUAAUUUGGUUCCCUUGUGUUCGAUAUGGACAAAAUAUUCGGAACACCUUCCAAAGUAACACAGUCCAGAGUUUGUGGUUAGAGCAGUUGCAUUAUAUUGCCCAGUCAUGUGUUUGUAAUAAUGAUGCUACAGAAACGAGCUAAAGCGUGGCUUCUUAGCACGGCAUGGAAGAUGUAUGUCCUGUGUUAACAUAAGCACAAUGCAUGCCAGACUAAACAGCGUGUUAUGUGUUUGACUUCAUAUCGAAGGAAGUAAAUGCUUUACAAAUAGUUUGUCGUUUGAUUAUUUUUAGACUCUCACUGAAGGUGGCAUACAUCUGGUCUACCUUAUGUUUUAAUUAAAGAAAGGCAUUCAUAAGGGAAUUGUUUAAGAGUUGAAUCAAUAAUGGCAUCGAUAUCGAUAAAAUCUUAUCAAUUCCCAUCCUUAAGUGCAGCUUAUUAACAGAGAUUUAAUUGUGCAUAUCAGCUUGAACUCUGUUUUACGUCUUUUUGGCAUCCUUCAUGUUUCUGCAUUGGUCCAGAAUAAGUCCCAGGCCAUCACUUCAUCUCUGUAUUUUCACAAAGUAAUCUGUGGGUAUUAGAUAGCUAACUUUAUCUGAUUGUUGGUGAGAAAUCAUGACCACCACACCCUGCUGUCUGUCAGAUGAAAUGUUACCAUGAUGAUAGGGAGGGUUGUGGCUCAAGAUCCUGAAGUGUCAGGAGGUGAAUUUAAUAUCAUAUCUCUAAAAGUUUUGAUGUUGAAAUGUAUUUAAUGUUAAUUCCUGACGACCAUUUUGUAACUUAACAGCCCAGUGCAGCGGGUCCAUCCUCUGUCAACUCUCCUCAGCCAAUGAAGGACUCCAAGGAGAACCUCUCAAUGUCCAACCAAGGGAUCCUGGACCACAUUAAACCAUGCUGGUACUGGGACAAGAAGGAUUUAGCCCACACCCCCUCUCAGUCUGAAGGCCUGGACCCUGGCACAGAGGCCCGGUAUCGGAGAGAAGGGGCACGCUUCAUUUUUGACGUGGGGACCAGACUCGGCCUGUAUCCUUAUUGAUUUGAGUUUUAUGAAAACUAAUGAGAACGAUGACAUACCAGUAAAUAACACACAGUAUCUUAACUUUAGGAACAAUUCAACUGCUCUGCUUGAUUUCCUUGACUGUCUUCAGACACUAUGACACACUGGCGACUGGAAUCAUCUAUUUCCACCGUUUCUACAUGUUUCAUUCCUUCAAGCAAUUCCCAAGAUAUGUAAGUUCAGUGGAUGGACACUCUUCUUCUUCUUCUUUCUCUUGAAAUUGAAGUAGAUCCAUGUGGGUACAGGUGUGAUCUCUGUAUCGGCAGGUGACAGGUGCCUGCUGUCUUUUCCUGGCUGGGAAAGUGGAAGAAACCCCGAAGAAGUGCAAAGACAUAAUCAAAACAGCCCGCAGUUUGCUGAACGACGUGCAGUUCGCCCAGUUUGGAGAUGAUCCCAAGGUGGAGUGUCUCCAGUAUUUAUUAUAAAGCAGUUUUAACAACAGGAAUAUUUGAGGUAACAGUUUGUCUUUCUACAGGAAGAGGUGAUGGUGCUGGAGAGGAUUUUGCUCCAGACGAUCAAAUUCGAUUUGCAGGUGGAGCACCCUUACAUGUUCCUGCUGCGCUACGUCAAACAGCUCAAAGGUGAGAUGGGAAUAGUGCCUCAAAAAUACUGAGCAGCUCAAGGAAACUGUGAAGCUUCUAAAUGUUUUUUAUUUCUGUUAAAGGAGAGAAGAACAAAGUGUGCAAGGUGCUGCAGAUGGCGUGGACCUUUGUGAAUGACAGGUGAGCGGUUGGCAUGCAAACUCUUUCUGACUAGAAAUAUAUUUUAAACAUGUGUUACAACCUAAGUGGAGAGUAAAUUUUUAAUAGGUGACACCUUUUUGAGGUGUUUGAAACACACACAGCAUGACUUGAAGAUGUAACAGUCUCUCCUGUGUCCCUACAGCCUGUGCACCAUGCUGUCCCUGCAGUGGGAACCUGAGAUUAUCGCUGUAGCUGUCAUGUACCUAGCCGGCCGUCUCUGCAAGUUUGACAUCCAGGACUGGACCGCCAAGCAGUCGUCACGCCGCUGGUGGGAGCAGUUUGUCCAGGAUGUCCCAGUGGAGCUUCUUGAAGGUAUUCAUCAUAAGGCUGUGACACUUCCUGCCAGGUAGAUUAUCUUUCACCGCCUGACAGACUCAGGAGGGACUUGUCUCUGUCUUUCAGACAUUUGUCACCAGAUCCUGGACCUGUACUCCCAGGGGAACAAGCCCAUCCCUCAGCAGAUCCAGGAGAAGGAGCGGGCGUCUAUCCCUCCAGUCCCCGCUCCUCCGAUCCCACAGGGACAACCGCCAGUCGCCAACCCUCCUCCCCCACCACCAAAGAAGACUUCACCUCAGGGAGGCAGCCCUGCACGCCAGCUCAAACGCUCACAUGUGGGUGACUCUUUUGAAUUACUGAUGCUUGAAAUAAUAUCCACAUUUGUUUUAAAACUCAUCCUACAGUGUGUUAACUUUUCUUGACCUUCUUUUCAGACAUCCCCUAAAGAAGAACCAAAAGCUCCAGGUAAGCUCUUGACAAACUUUGUGUUCCUCUGAGACAUAAACUGGUUUAAACUUGUAAAUGUUUGAUCAUGAAUCCUCUCGUUAAAUUUCUAGAACAAGUUGGAUCAAAGAUUCCCAGACUGGAGAGCCCCAUGCCCCCUCUGCCCACAUCCCAGCCUCCCCCAGGUGAGUGACUGUCAUUUUUCUGUGGCUUUAAAUAGUCCGGCCAGACUGAUUCAAAGUUAGGUAAGAGCAUUGCUCCAUGCUGUUUGUUUGUGUGUGCCACAAAAAAUGCCCAUAAUAAGCUGCCAGGACCCCCUGCCUGGGACUCCAGCUUGGAAAGCAACAUAAAGUCUUUAGCCUGCUUACAUAACAAGCAACUCGUCUGGACAUGAUGUUUCCUAACGCAUGCACACUCCGAACCUCUCCCAGACCAAUCUGAUUAGAGCCUGAGCCUGAUAAUGAGACCUCCUAUGAGGCUGAAGCCUGCCAGUCCUGGUCUGGCUGUGCGCUCAUAGUCUGAGAAUGGAGAGGUUACUCCAGAUCAAAGUGGACUCAGAGGUUUUGGGGUUUUUAGAGAAAAGUUAAAGGGAUAUUCUGGCGUAAAAUUCAUUUAGGGUCAAACACACCGUAACACUGAGUUAGAGAAGAAGAACAGCACCUAACUUCAUCAACAGUAUAUAUAAGGUCCUAGCCAUAGUACUAGCCACCAAACAUUGUUUUAACUUUGCCUAAUUUCUUUUGCAAAGAGACAAAAUCAAAUAAAAUCUUCCAGCAGCCACUUGUUUGUAGCAUGACCUCAGGCCAGUCCAUUACAGACUGCUGCGGGGUUUCACAGCUCAAGGAAGAACAUUUAUGAUCAUUUCUUCAUGGAAAUGCAAUCAGACUGAGACGCUUAGGCAGAAGAACUACAGCGUCUGCAGUGCAAAAUGAUUAUUAUGAUGAUUAUUACUUCAAGGAAAUGAUCAUAAAAGUUCUUCCUUGAGCUGCGAAACCCUGCUGUAGUCUGUAAUGGACUGAUCUGAGGUUUCGCUACAAACAAGCGGCUGCUGGAAGAGAGUAGGUGGGUUGUUUUAGUUUCUUUGCGAAAGAAAUUAAGCAAAGAUAAAAAGAUGUUUGGUGGCGGGUGCUAUGAAUGGGACCCUAUAUGUCCUGUUGAUGAAGUUAGGUGCUGUUCUGAUGAUUAUUUGUGGCUAUAGAGUGGCGUUUUGGUUGAGGUUUGUUUAUGGCUCCUCAGACCGCUGUGUAUUGCUAUCCUGCGGUCGUUACUAAAGUUAGUAUAACUAGAGAAGCAAGCCGUCUGCAACAUUCAUCUCUCGAGGGGGUGUCUUACUCGGUGUUAUGGUGUGUUUAACCAUAACUUAAUUUUACGGCGGAAUAUCCCUUUAAUCCAAAUGUUCACCUUUUUUUCCUCUCUUCUUUUCACUCUCUAGAACGCAAACCUGCAGCUCCAGCUCCUCCCACAGAGGCAGAACCAGGAAGUGAAGCUGCCCCUCCUCUGCCACAUGCCCCGCCUCCUCAUCAGCCCCCUCCUUUACCUCAUCGCCCUCCUCCGCCCCCGCCCUCUAACUACAUCAUGUCCACCACCAGCUCCUACAUGUCUGGAGAAGGCUUCCAAAACCUGCAGUCCUUGAUGAAGACAGAAGGACCCACCUACGCUCCAAUGCCUCCCACCUAUGCUCCCCCAAUACCUCCUUACCACCCCCACGUCUAUCCGCCUCCUGCUGCACCGCCUCCAGGCCCUCCACCUCCCCCCACUUCAUACCCGCCACCCACCUUACCCCCAACAUAUCCACCGCCAGGAUACAACAGCUAUCCUCCGCCGCCGCCUCCGCGCAUGCCACCAGGCCACGUGCCCCCUCCAGGUAUGGGCCUCCCGCCUACAGGGUACCCUCCUCCUCCCCCUGUUCCCCCUGGACAGUCUCAGGUACCCCUGCCCCCUCCACCUGGCAUGCCCCUAAACCGCGGCGGAUGGAUGAGAUGAGAGCAUGACCAGAGUAUGAACAGUGUGUCUGUGCAGCUGGAGAGAAAGGACGACCAGAAUCUGAACGAAGGAAGAGUGAAGGUGAAAGACCUUGAGCCCGGCUGAGAGUCCUGUGAUACUUUUUAAGAGUUCAGACCUGUUAAGGACGGUGCUUGUUGUGCCUAGGUCCAGGAUCUUGUAACAAAGGAUGUCCGAUGUUCGUUUUUGUUUUGAAAGUGUACCAGGAAAUGAAAAAACCCUACGUUUUUUUUCUCUUAACCUGAGGAGAUAAAAUGUAAAAUUUGUACUCAAACUCUCUCUUGGCGUGGUUGUGUUGUUUUCUUUAGUUUUUAUGAAUUUUCAGUCCCUACCCCUGCAACCCCUCUCCACAUUCCCAGCCUGGAAAAAACAAUAUGUAGAAAAUCUGAAGUACCAGUACAAUUAGACGCUGUUGUUACCUCAUACCUGUCUUAUUCUUCUUAGUGAAUCCAUACAUGAAUUUAGGUUUAACAGCCCUGGAUUAUUAAACCAACCAUGUCUAACACUGGACAGACUGAGGUGUAUUUGUACAUAUCUGAGCUUUUUUUUGUUUAGCUUUCUUUUCUGUUAUUGGAGAGUUUUAUCCAUAUGUGCCUUAGUCAGGCCUCUCUUUUCUGUAUCCUGCUCGCAGCUUUGGUUUGUGUCUGAGUGGCACUUAGGAUAAUAAAGAUCAGCUUUUCCUAUUUUGAACACAACU